GCUUCCCUUUCUUUCCCUAAGAAAACAAAACACAAACUAUUACUAGUAGUACUUUGCUUUGCUAGCUACCAACUAACCACAAACUCUCUCUUUCUCCCUUUUUGUUUGUUUUCUUGUUUUUGUGUUUGUAUCUUUAACUUUUGUGUUAUAGUUUUUUUAAACUAUAUUGUUAGUUCCCUCUUUCCCUAACACCAAAAUUUUUAGCCAUGUGUAACCCAACACCAUCUUCCUCAUCCAAUUAUGUCAUUUCCAAGGAUACCCAUUUUAACAAUCAUCAUAAUAAUGACCCCCCAAAAUCUAUUCAUGAUAAUGAUAAUCACCUUCAUUCAUGGCCAACCCCUUGUGAGGCAUUGGAAGAAAUCAAGGCCAUUGGAAAGAUUUCAGGACCAACUGCCAUAACCGGUUUACUACUGUAUUCAAGAGCUAUGAUCUCCAUGUUGUUUCUUGGCUAUCUUGGUGAACUCGAGCUCGCCGGAGGAUCUCUAUCCAUUGGUUUCGCCAACAUCACUGGCUACUCCGUGAUUUCGGGUUUAGCCAUGGGUAUGGAACCUAUUUGUGGCCAAGCUUAUGGUGCUAAACAAAUGAAACUAUUAGGAAUAACUUUACAAAGAACAGUUCUUCUACUCUUAUCAACUUCUAUCCCAAUUUCUUUCAUGUGGUUCAACAUGAAAACUAUCUUAUUAUGGUGUGGACAAGAUGAAGAAAUCUCAUCAGCAGCUCAUACUUUUAUCGUUUUCGCAAUUCCUGACCUUUUCUUGCUAUCUCUUCUUCACCCUCUUCGUGUUUAUCUUCGAGCUCAAAACAUAAUCCUACCGUUAACUUAUUGUUCAGCUGUUUCGGUCCUUUUGCAUGUCCCACUCAACUUUUUGCUAGUAGGUUAUUUCAAAAUGGGGAUUUCCGGGGUGGCAAUUGCAAUGGUUCUCACAAAUCUCAACUUAUUGUUCCUUUUGUUCACAUUUGUUUAUAUUUCGGGUGUUUAUAAAGAUUCUUGGGUUGCACCAAGUAGUGAUUGUAUCCGCGGAUGGUCUUCUUUGCUAGCAUUAGCAAUUCCAACUUGUGUAUCCGUUUGUCUCGAAUGGUGGUGGUACGAAUUAAUGAUAAUAAUGUGUGGGUUACUAGUAAACCCUAAAGCAACCGUGGCAUCAAUGGGGAUAUUAAUUCAAACUACAUCUUUGGUUUAUGUUUUUCCAUCCGCAUUGAGUCUUGGUGUGUCAACUAGGGUUGGGAAUGAGCUAGGGGCUAACCGACCGGCUAAGGCUAGAAUUUCGAUGAUUGUUUCACUUUUUUGUGCUAUAGUGUUAGGCCUUAUGGCAAUGUUGUUUACAACAUUGAUGAGGCAUCAUUGGGGAAGGUUAUUUACUAAUGAGACAGACAUUCUUGAACUAACUUCAAUUGCAUUGCCAAUUGUGGGACUAUGUGAGCUAGGAAAUUGUCCUCAAACAACAGGUUGCGGGGUGUUGAGAGGAAGUGCAAGACCAACCAUUGGAGCCAAUAUAAACUUGUGUUCAUUUUACUUGGUUGGAAUGCCGAUUGCAAUCGUUAUGGGGUUCGUUUUGAAAUUGGGAUUUCCGGGACUUUGGUUAGGGUUGCUCGCAGCUCAGGGAACAUGUGCAUUGGUCAUGUUAUAUGUUCUUUGUAGAACAGAUUGGACUAUUCAAGUUGAAAGAGCUAAAGAGUUAACAAAAUCACCAUCUUGUUCUAAGAAUUCGACGUUACCGGUCUCAAACAAGAAUCAAACAAAGAAGACCAUGGAAGCUAAUAAUAAUAAUCUUCAAGUUAUUGUGGUGCCUGAUUUGAUAAAGAAACCCUCGGAUUGCUCUUCACUUGAAACGGAUCCACUCAUUGUGCAUCAUUAAUUAAUUAAUCUUGAAGACUUUGAUUUUCUAAUUCUUUUUACCCCUUAUGUGAAUUGAAGAUAUAUUGCAUUUGACACUAAUUAAUUAGCUAGCCAGUAGUUUAAAAAAGUUCUAAAAUAUCUUCUACUCCUAUAUAUAGUCUUGGUUGUAUAUUGUUCUUGAUCCUUUGAUGCUUUCUUUUACCUCAGGAUGGUCACGCAUUGUAAUUGUUGAGUAAUGCAUAGAGAAUAAUAAAUAGAACAUUUAAUUGAUAAAGUAGAAA